AUGGCGACGUCUGGUAGAACACACGGCGAUAUUACUAAUGCUCCAAAAUCUUCCAAUAAUGGACUCGUACUUAUUUGGUUGGAUGAUUCUGCUGAAGAAGAUCCAAGUGUCAAAGGAAUUCUAUCUUCUCUUUUCGACAAUGUAUUGACUUUUUCUGAUCCUGAAGCAUGUCUUGAAUUAAUUGAAUCAAAUGAAAUUAAAACAUCUUGUUUAUCUAUUUUGAUCUCUGGUAAAUAUGGUCAAAUGCUUGUUCGUGAUCAUUUACAACCAUUAAAUCAAGUCAAAUAUAUAUAUGUCUUUUGUUUUGAUACUGUAAAACAUAGUCGAUGGGCGCAAACAUGUGAUAAAGUUCGGUGUGUUUUUUCGGAUAUUAAUAAAAUUCUUCAAUGUAUGCAAUAUGACAUACAAAGCAGUAUUGAACAGCAACACACAGAUGAUGAACAAGAACAAGAACAAGAACAAGAACAGCAACAAGAACAGCAACAAGAACAACAACAACAACAACACCAAGAAGAACCAAAACAACAACGAGAACGAUAUGCAGAUGACAAUAAUUUACUUGAUCAACUUGCACUUAAUCUUUUACUUCAAAGUCCAGAUGAUGGAGCCGAAGAUUUUGCUGAUUAUUGUCGAACACAUAAUCAAAAUAAUAAUCCAGAUCAUCAUGAUGUUGAUGAAGAACAUCCAGAAGAACAAGAAGAACAAGAAGAACAAUAUUAUAAUCCGGAACAAGCCAUUGAAGAAUGGUAUCAACCAAAUUUAUUUUUUACUAAUAUAAAUUCCAAUGAUUUAACUAAAUUAUGGACACUUCGUUGGUUUAUACGAUCAUUUCAUCGACAAUUAACUAAUGAACAAGAAAAAUUUAUUAAAGAUAAAACAAAAUUUACUGUUAAUCAUGGUACAUCGUUAAGUACAGAUGAACUUGAUGCAAUGAAACAUCGUAUCGGUCAAAUAAUUGUUUUUACUGAAUUACUAAUGACAUAUACAAAUCGACAAAUAGCAUUAGAUUCUAUGCCAAAUGAUGAAAAAAAUAAUAAAUAUAAAGUUCUAUUCGAAAUUAAUAUUGAUCCAACUAAUCGUAAUACUAUACCAUAUGCUGAAAUAAAAAAAGAACAAGUUUUAUUAUGGUUUGGAGCUCGAUAUCGUUUAACUAAAAUCGAAUAUGUUGAACAACAAGAUGAAGAACACGAUGCAUAUUGGUUAAUUGGUUUAAAUUUACAUUCAACACUUAAUUCAAAACCUUCUAUUCAAAAUUUAUAUCAAUAUUAUCAUAAAGAAAUAACAGAAUUAAAUAAUAUUCAUCAUGCAUUUGGUCGUAUACUUAUGUAUAAAGGUUUGUAUGCUCAAGCAGAAAAAUGGUUACAAAUAGGUAAUCAUUAUCAAGAAUUAACUGAAUUAGCUAUACGUCAAGGUCAUUAUGAACAAGCUAAACAAUAUCUUGAACAUUUACCGGAAGAGUCGUAUGAUGUUAAUUUAUUGCAUGUUUAUUUAAAUAUUUUAACAUCGAAUGAUAAUUUUGCUAAAGCACGUUUUACUUUAAUGAAAAUUAUUUCUGAAGCAACAGAUAAAUUUAUACGAGCACAAGCUAAUAUUGUUCUUGGUUUUAUUAGUUUAAUUAUAACACAACAAUUUGAUCUUGCAUUUGAUCAUUUUACAAUAGCUAAUGAUAUUCUACGUAAAAUUUUACCAGAUAUUCAUCCAACUAUUGCUAAAUCAUAUAUUGGAAUAGGUUAUACAUAUUAUAUACAACAUAAAAUAGCUGAUGCAAGAAAAUGUUUUCAAAUGGCUUUAAAUAUUCAAAAACAAUCAUUAACAUAUAGUCAUCCAGAUUUUGCUAAAACACGAAAUGGUAUUGCUCAUUGUUAUUCCGGUGAUAAACAAACACUUAAACAAGCAUUGAAUGAAUUUGAAUAUGCACUUCAUAUUUUAUUAGAUAUAUUUCGACACGAACAUCAACAUCAUCCAGAAAUAUUAGCAACUAAGAAUGAUAUUGAAAAGUUAAGAAAAGGAAAAGAAUUACGUUCACGCAAUAUCUUACUUGACUACAUAUAA